AUGUAUUCAUUUAUGGCAGGAGCCAUAUUCAUCACGGUGCUUGGCAAUCUUGCCGUGAUCAUUGCCAUUUCCUACUUCAAGCAGCUUCACACACCAACCAACUUCCUCAUCCUCUCCAUGGCAGUCACUGAUUUCCUCCUGGGGCUUACCAUCAUGCCCUAUAGUAUGGUCAGAUCAGUGGAGACUUGCUGGUAUUUCGGGCUUACAUUUUGCAAGAUUCAUUAUAGUUUUGACCUGAUGCUUAGCAUAACGUCCAUUUUCCAUCUUUGCUCAGUGGCCAUUGAUAGAUUUUUUGCUAUCUGUUACCCUUUACAUCAUUCCACAAAAAUAACAAUUCCCCUCAUUAAGUGGUUGCUACUUCUCUGCUGGUUGGUUCCCGGAGCAUUUGCUUUUGGGGUGGUCUUCUCCGAGGCCUAUGCCAAUGGGAUAGAAGGCUAUGAUAUCUUGGUGGCUUGUUCCAGUUCCUGUCCAGUGAUGUUCAACAAGCUAUGGGGGACCACCUUGUUUAUGGCAGGUUUCUUCACUCCAGGGUCUGUGAUGGUGGGGAUUUAUGACAAGAUUUUUGCAGUAUUGAGAAAACAUCCUUGUGCAACCAAUAACUUGCCAGAAAAUCAAAAUAACCAAAUGAGGAAAGACAAAAAAGCAGCCAAAACUUUAGGAAUAGUGAUGGGUGUUUUCUUAUUAUGUUGGUUUCCCUGUUUCUUCACAAUUUUAUUGGAUCCCUUUUUGGACUUCGCUACUCCUGUGGUUUUGUUUGAUGCUUUGACAUGGUUUGGUUAUUUUAACUCCACAUGUAAUCCCUUAAUAUACGGUUUCUUCUAUCCCUGGUUUUCGCAGAGCGCUGAAGUACAUUUUACUAGGUAA